UGGCGUGAUUUGUUAUGCGAAAAGCUGGUGCGGCUCCUCGAAAAAGUGGAAAAUUCUCAGUUCAUUUCCAUCUGUGCACAUCUGAGAGUGGUUGGUGAGUGAGAUCAGACAUCCAUCCAGCGCUGUAGUAAGAGUCAGUGUGAGUUCUAAGUGUUCGAGGGCGAAAAAUUCAUCUGAAGUCCAGGGAGAGAAUAAGUGCUUGAUAAUAGAAAAUGUCUGCAAAGGCCAUCAGAGAAGCUUCGGGAAAGGAGUUGAUCAACAAAUACCUGGCGCCAGGCUCACGGGCGGCCAAAUGUGAUUUCGUGUCUGUGGAUGAGACAACAAACUGGGAUGAUUUGCUGAUCAGGAAUCCUUGGCUCCAGACGACUCCUCUCGUCGCGAAGCCGGAUCAGCUGAUAAAGAGGCGCGGGAAGCUUGGGCUCAUCACGGUGAACAAGAGCUUUGCUCAGGUGAAGGAAUGGAUCCAGGCGAGGAUGGGAGCGGAGCAGAAGAUUGGCGCGUGCGUGGGGACGCUUAGGAACUUCAUAAUUGAACCCUUCCUGCCGCACAAAGACGACCAGGAGGCGUACGUGUGCAUCUACUCCCACAGAAGUGCCGACACGAUCCUCUUCCAUCACCAGGGUGGCGUUGACAUUGGCGAUGUGGACGCCAAGGCGCUGAAACUGGACAUUCCCGUGGGACACAGCGUCUCGGCGGAGGAGAUUGAGCGAGUGCUGCUGAAGGAGAUGCCAGCUGCCAAGAAGAAGUUUGUUGCUACUUUCAUCUAUAAUCUCUAUCAACUCUACGUGGAUCUCUAUUUCACGUACUUGGAAGUCAAUCCUCUGGUGGUGACGGAUCAGCAGAUUCAUAUUCUGGACUUGGCGGCCAAGCUGGACUCCACAGCGGACUUUAUCUGUCGACAGAAGUGGGGAGAGAUCGACUAUCCGCCACCGUUCGGGAGGGAUGCCUAUCCAGAAGAGGCAUAUAUUGCUGACUUAGACGCCAAGAGUGGUGCUUCCCUGAAAUUGACGAUCCUCAAUAGGAACGGACGCAUUUGGACGAUGGUGGCUGGUGGAGGAGCGAGUGUAAUCUACUCUGAUACCAUCUGUGACUUGGGAGGAGCGAGCGAACUGGCAAACUAUGGAGAAUACAGUGGAGCUCCGUCUGAACAGCAGACAUAUGAGUAUGCAAAGACCAUUCUCACGCUCAUGACAUCCUCGCCGAAGCAUCCCGAGGGCAAAGUGCUGAUUACUGGCGGUGGAAUUGCCAAUUUCACCAACGUCGCCGCCACAUUCCGGGGCAUCAUUAGUGCUCUGCGAGAAUUCCAACCGAAAUUGGUGGAGCACAAUGUGUCCAUCUUUGUGCGUCGCGCGGGUCCCAACUAUCAAGAGGGAUUGAGGAAGAUGCGCGAGAUUGGAAAGAGUCUGGGGAUUCCGUUGCACGUGUUUGGACCAGAAACUCACAUGACUGCAAUUUGUGGCAUGGCGCUGAAUAAGAAACCCAUUCCUCAGGCGUGUAAUGUUGACUUUGCCACAGCAAACUUCCUUCUGCCAGGCGGACAGCAGCAGCAGGAAGCGAUGAAGCAGACGCAUACGGACAAGGAUAAGGAUACAGUGACAUCAGCAUGCUCAUCGUCUUUCGCGGCUGAUUUAGAUAAUUUCUCUGCAGGCUCCUUCGCCACAUCCACGACGGAUGGCGUGCGAGGUGGCAAGAUGUUCUCUAAGACAACCAAGGCGAUUGUCUGGGGAAUGCAAACCAGAGCCGUUCAAUCGAUGCUCGAUUUUGAUUUCAUCUGCAGACGCGAGGAGCCAUCAGUUGUGGCCAUGGUGUAUCCCUUCACGGGUGAUCACAAGCAGAAGUUUUACUGGGGCCACAAGGAGAUCCUGAUUCCCGUGUAUAAGAAAAUGUCCGAUGCCAUGACGAAGCACAAGGAUGCGGAUGUAAUGGUGAAUUUCGCUUCGCUGCGCAGCGCCUAUGAGAGCACGGUGGAAGUGAUGGAGUAUCCACAGAUUCGCACGGUGGCCAUCAUUGCGGAGGGCAUUCCGGAGAAUAUGACGCGGAAACUCAUCGUGAUGGCGCAUGAGAAGGGAGUGUCCAUAAUUGGGCCGGCAACAGUGGGUGGCGUGAAGCCGGGAUGCUUUAAGAUUGGCAACACUGGCGGCAUGCUGGAUAACAUCCUGCACUCCAAGCUCUAUCGUCCCGGCAGUGUGGCGUACGUCUCACGAUCCGGCGGAAUGUCCAAUGAAUUGAACAACAUUGUGUCGAAGGCAACCGAUGGUGUGGCUGAGGGAGUGGCCAUUGGAGGUGAUCGCUAUCCUGGAACAACCUUCAUGGAUCACAUUCUGCGCUACCAAGGUGACCCGGACAUCAAGAUGAUCGUGUUGCUGGGCGAAGUGGGUGGCGUGGAGGAGUACGAAGUGUGCCAGGCGCUGAAGGAGAAGCGCAUAACGAAGCCUCUGAUUGCUUGGUGUAUUGGCACGUGCGCAGGCAUGUUCAAGAGCGAAGUGCAGUUCGGUCAUGCCGGCUCUUGUGCCAAUAGCGAACGUGAGACGGCCACGGCGAAGAACAAGGCGCUGAAGGAGGCAGGAGCGUACGUACCGACAUCUUUCGAUACACUGGGCGAUCUCAUUGGAAAUGUGUACAAGGAGAUGGUGAAGAAGGGAUACAUCGUGCCCGUGGAGGAGGUUCCGCCGCCCACGGUGCCCAUGGACUACUCGUGGGCCAGGGAACUUGGCCUUAUCCGCAAGCCGGCCUCCUUUAUGACGUCUAUCUGUGACGAACGAGGCCAGGAGCUCCUCUACGCCGGAAUGCCCAUCAGUGAUGUGCUGAACAAGAAUGUGGGCAUUGGUGGAGUGAUUUCUUUGCUUUGGUUCCAGAAAUGUUUGCCGCCAUACGUUUGCAAAUUCUUCGAGAUGUGCUUGAUGGUUACAGCUGACCAUGGACCAGCAGUGUCCGGAGCUCAUAAUACCAUCGUGUGCGCUCGAGCUGGAAAGGAUCUCGUCUCGUCUCUUGUCAGUGGACUUCUCACAAUUGGUGAUCGCUUCGGAGGUGCUCUGGAUGGGGCUGCUCGUCAAUUCUCCGAGGCUUAUGACACAAAUCUGCACCCAAUGGAGUUUGUCAACACCAUGAGGAAGAAGGGUUUGCUGAUCAUGGGAAUUGGUCACAGGGUGAAAUCCAUUAACAAUCCAGACAUUCGUGUGAAGAUCAUCAAGGAGUUCGUGAUGGAGAACUUCCCAGCCAAACCACUGCUUGAGUAUGCUCUGGAAGUGGAGAAGAUCACCACCAGCAAGAAGCCCAACUUGAUUCUCAAUGUGGAUGGCGUCAUUGCCACAUCUUUUGUGGACAUGCUGAGGAAUUGUGGUUCCUUCACGAGCGAUGAGGCUCAAGAGUACAUCAACAUUGGCGCCAUCAAUUCCCUGUUUGUUCUGGGACGCAGUAUUGGCUUCAUUGGCCACUACAUGGACCAGAAGCGUCUGAAGCAGGGACUGUAUCGUCAUCCAUGGGAUGAUAUUUCAUAUGUGCUGCCAGAACAAUUCAAUUAAGGCUUGAGGAAAGGAUAAAUUCAAUGUUCAUUACUUAGGAUAAAUAGCAGACACACACACACACACACAAAAUGGAAAUGCAAGCAGAAUAAUCUAGCGCUGAGGAAAAAGGAGAUUUAUUGUACAUUUAGAAAUGUUGAGCGCACGAACAGUUUUUCCGGGUUUUCCUUUAUCUCUUGUAGCGCGUUUUUAUAUUAUGUUUCUUUGUGGACUUGUUUCUCAAACUGUUUCGAGCUAGAGAAUCUCUCUAAUGGAUUAUGGGGAGCUGCUAAAAUUGUGUUAUAGCACUUUUUUUUUAUUUUUGUAUGAGAUUACCGAUGAUUUUUGCCUUUUUACCUCGAUUUUGUGCAUUUAGAAAGGGGACUUAUGGGAUGUUUGUCCUGUAUUUUAUCGUAUUUGAAGAGAAACAACAUUUUGACGCUGUUCUUGAGGUUGAAUAGAGAGGGAAGGACGCACAAAUUCCACAUAGACAAAACCUCUGAAAUUGAUUGAAUAUGAGAAGAGAUAUUUUUUGAUUGAUAUAUUCACUGUUUUUGGGGUGGGGAAGCAAAAACACACACUUAAGAUCUCAGAAUGAUGAGAAAAUAACGAGAAAAUGUGCCGAAAAAGAAAUAUUUUUUCAUUGUUUCUUCUCAGAAAAAUUUGUUUUCUGCAAAAAAAAUUGCACUUGUUGAUGUUUAAUCGAACAAAGAUAUAAGAAAAAGAGAGAAGUAAAAACUUUAUCAAUGUAGAUUUUGCACAUUCCUAGAAUAAUAUAAUAAAUUUGCACUGUAGAGAAAAAAAAAUGAAUUUGAGGGAGAAACAGAAUAAAAAAAAAGUCCGUCGAAAGUUUGUUUGGAUGGAAUGGAGAUAAAUGGAAGGCUUAACAGAGAUGAAAAAGCAAAUAAAAAGGAGAAUUGUAGAUGAAAAA